GGUAUUCUCCAACGACUGGAGAGUGAUAGCACCGCGCACAGAAAACGGACUACAGUAUUCCUGAGGAGUUUGAGUUCAAAAAAUGAGUAUACAGGACUAAACAGCACGGAAUUGAGAAGUAAUAUACAAGGUGAUACUUUGAAAGCUAAUAUUCCAUUUGAAAACAGCCGGACAUAAGCUAUAGGCCAAGACCCCACGGGCAGCGUACGUAAGAGGUGACAGCAGCCAUGCAGCACUACGGAGUGAAUGGAUAUUCUCUCCACGCCAUGAACUCACUAAAUGCCAUGUACAAUCUUCACCAGCAGGCGGCGCAGCAUGCCCAGCACGCGCCCGACUACCGGCCGUCCGUGCACGCGCUCACGCUGGCAGAGAGACUGGCUGACAUAAUCCUCGAGGCCCGGUAUGGCUCCCAGCACCGAAAGCAGCGACGCAGUCGCACAGCCUUCACUGCCCAGCAGCUGGAGGCCCUGGAAAAGACCUUCCAGAAGACCCACUACCCUGACGUGGUGAUGCGCGAACGCCUGGCCAUGUGUACCAACUUACCAGAGGCCCGUGUGCAGGUGUGGUUCAAGAACCGCCGCGCCAAGUUCCGCAAGAAGCAGCGCAGCCUGCAGAAGGAGCAGCUCCAGAAACAGAAGGAGGCCAACAGAGAGGGAGGUGACGAGGAAGAGGUCAAGACCACCGACCCUUCCACCCAGACAUCUCCAUCCUCUCUCUCGGAGACCAUGCGGCCCCAGCCUGCGGAGAUGAGUGUGGAGGUGAACGUCACCUCCCCGGAGGCCUCGGACAGCGAGUCGGCUGCAGAGGACAACGGUGAGGGAGAUGAGGAGCUGAAGUGGGAGAGGCUGCAGGAUACUCAGCAGCAUCAGCAUCAGGGGGAGGUGCAGCAGGGGGGUGCAGGGCUGCAGCCGGGAGGAGGAUCUCCAUCCUGCAAACGCUUCAGCCCCACACCAGACCCUCCCUUCCUCCCUUCCUCUAGCGGUGGCAGCAGUUGUGUGUCCCAAGGCUCCUAUGCCUCAUCCCCCCUCAGCCUCUUCCGUCUGCAGGAGCAGUUCCGCCAGCACAUGGCUGCAACCAACAACGUGGUCCACUACCCCUCCUUCGACAUGAGUACCCCCUCCUCCCUGCCCUACCUGGGCAUGAACGUCAACAUGCCCUCCCCCCUGGGCUCUCUGCCCUGCCAAUCUUACUACCAGUCCCUGUCCCAGGCAUCCAUGUCCCAAGUGUCCAUGUCCCAGGCCCAGCAGGUGUGGAACAGCCCCUUGACGGGUCUCCAGGCCCCUCCGAGCAGCCGACCCAGCCUCAACAGCAAGACCACCAGCAUCGAGAACCUGCGUCUGAGGGCCAAGCAGCACGCUGCCUCCCUGGGCCUGGACACGCUACCCAACUGACCCCCUGGACACGCUACCCAACUGACCCCCUGGACACGCUACUCAACUGACCCCCUGGACCUGCUACCCAACUGACCCCCUGGACCUGCUACCCAACUGACCCCCUGGACCUGCUACCCAACUGACCCCCUGGACCUGCUACCCAACUGACCCCCUGGACCUGCUACCCAACUGACCCCCUGGACACGCUACCCAACUGACCCCCUGAACACGCUACCCAACUGACCCCCCCAGGGCAGGGCAGCUAACUGGGACACAGUCAGAUGUUAUGACCCUUUCUACUGACUGGACAUUAUAGACACUGCACCAGUUUUGUACACUGGGACUGCAUGGGACUGGACAUUAUAGACACUGCAUCAGUUUUGUACACUGGGACUGCAUGGGACUGGACAUUAUAGACACUGCAUCAGUUUUUUACACUGGGACUGCAUGGGACUGGACAUUAGAUAAGAACCCUGCCGGACUAUACUUAUUUUGACACCCUUGCAGGUGAGAUACAUACACCCAGUGCAAUCUCACUACUAUACUGAACAAAAAUAUAAAUGGAACAUGUAAAGUGUUUGUCCCAUGUUUCAUGAGUUCA